GGUUGCUCCUUAUUGGUGGCCGUGUAGGGAGCAUGCGCUGUGAUUGGCCGUUUGCCUUAGGCUGCGCUGGGCGGUGAGCUGGAGGAAAAUGAUCGGAGACUUCCUGCUGUUUGGCACCUUGCUGAUGAAUGCAGGAGCUGUGCUGAACUUCAAACUAAAGAGAAAAGAAUUGCAGGGUUUUGGAGAAGAUGGCCAUGAACUGACGACAGGUGAUAACAUCAAAGAGUUCCUGCUGAGUCUGCGCUACUUCAGGAUCUUCAUCGCCCUGUGGAAUAUCUUCAUGAUGUUCUGUAUGAUUGUGCUGUUUGGAUCUUGAAACCUAUAGAUGCUGUGAAAAUAAUGCAGUUCAGGACAGCCCCAUUGGACUUGGAUUCUUAGCAGGCUCUUUCCCUUCUCCAUUAUAAUUUCUACAAUUGUUCAAUCUUGAGAGUCAGACAUGUUUUUUUCCUACCUCCAACAAUUGUACAUAUCCAAGGUCUAGUUGUUCUGCAACAGCAGCUACAGAGGUGCUAGCUGCUGUCUGGUGUAACUAUCUCAAUAUUUUCUCCUCGUUCUCUGGACAAAUCAUGCAUUUAGAAAGUUUCCUUCCCAGAGAGGACACCUUCAGGAGCUGGGAUGGUGGUAGUUAUAGUUCUAUUUUAGUUUAUUCCAGAUAAAAACUGAUCCAGAUCUAAAAAGUCAGGCUGUGACAUGAAAUUCUGCCAGAUGUAAAAUACUUGGUGAAUAUUAAAAUUAUGUUGAAUACAA